AUGUCGCUUAUCACUGCUGCAGGUAUAGUUAUUUAUCGAAUUAUCAAUGGCAGCUAUGAAUACUUAUUGCUCCAAGCCUCAUAUCCUCCAUAUCAUUGGACACCACCAAAAGGUCAUGUAGAUCAGGGUGAGGACGAAUGGACUACUGCAUUGCGAGAAACGCAAGAGGAAUCUGGAAUAUUACCUCAUCAAAUAAAAGUUCACAAAGAUUUUACCGAAACUUUAAAAUAUGAAAUCGUAAAAAGUAGAUAUGAAAAGGAAAUUACUAUGCAAAAAACUGUGAAAUACUGGUUGGCACGACUGAUUGAUGAUAGUUCAGUUAAAUUAUCCUCUGAGCAUCAAAAUAUGGAGUGGGCAAAUAUCGACAGAGCUAUCGAGCUUGUUGUGUUCAGUGAUAUUGCUUCUUUGUUUCGUAAAGUUGAUAAUUUUUUAAAAAGCCAUUCUCAGUGA